AUGUCCCGCAACCUCGUCACUACCAGCAUAGAAAGUCUAACGGGGUCUCAAAUCGCCAAAACCAUCCUCGCGUCGCGCAGCUUCUCCAAAGGCAUCAAACAGAUCACAGGCCUAACCCUCUACCCAGACUCAGACGCAUGCGCGGAACUCAAAGAUGAGCAUGGCGUGCAGAUCGUUGAACACAAACCCGGCGAUCUAGAUGCCAUGCCCGCCACUAAGAAGGCGGGUAUCCCCAAUGUUUGCUUAAUCUCGUCCGCUGGGUGUGAUCUUGCCGAGCGCGAAGCGCAGCCGCUGCUGAGGAGUGUAAUCUAUCUCGAGGCGAUGGUUAUGGAGGCAAAGGGUGAUGCCAGCACGGAGACGGGACACAGCCCGGUUGUAAUUCGUUAA